GAAGCAGCUUCCGGCUCCCUCUUCUCUCCUCUCUCUCGUCACUCGGUUGGGCUGCGGUGCUCCCUCGAGUCCUAGCGUCCCUUUUCGUGUAGCCCAUCUCCGCUACGGCCGCUGUGGCAUCAUGGCUGUGUUCCUCAUCGCUCUCCUGUCCUUGCAGGUGAUGGGUGUUUUGGGGAAUGAAUUUAGCAUAUUAAAGUCGCCAGGGUCUGUUGUUUUCCGAAGUGGAAACUGGCCCAUACCAGGAGAUCGAAUCCCAGACGUGGCUGCCUUGUCCAUGGGCUUCUCUGUGAAAGAAGACCUAUCUUGGCCAGGACUUGCCGUGGGUAACCUAUUCCACCGGCCACGGGCUACCAUCAUGGUGGUGGUGAAGGGUGUGGACAAACUGGCUCUCCCCUCGGGCAGUGCCAUCUCCUACCCUUUGGAGAAUGCAGUUCCCUUCAGUCUCGACAGUGUUGCGAAUUCCAUCCACUCCUUAUUUUCUGAAGAAGCUCCCGUGGUUUUGAAGUUGGCUCCCCGUGAGGAAAGAAUAGAUAUGGUGGGGAAAGCAAACUCCGCUUUUGAAGACCUUUCAGUCACAUUAAAGCAGCUACGUAAUCGUCUGCUUCAGGAAAACUCCGUCCUCAGCUCUCUUCCCCUCAAUUCUCUGAGCAGGAAUAAGGAAGCUGACUUGCUCUUUCUCUCUGAACUGCAAGUGCUAUGUGAUAUUUCGAGCUUGUUGUCUCGUCAUAAGCAUCUAGCCAAGGAUUAUUCUCCCGACUUGUAUUCAUUGGAACUGGCGGGAUUGGAUGAACUUGGGAAGCGCUACGGGGAAGACUCUGAACAAUUCAGGGAUGCCUCUAGGAUCCUUGUGGAUGCUCUCCAAACGUUUGCAGAUGACAUGUACAGUCUCUAUGGUGGGAACGCAGUGGUAGAGUUAGUGACUGUCAAAUCAUUUGACACAUCCCUUGUGAGGAAGUCAAGGGCCAUCCUUGAGGCAAAACAAGAGACCACCCCAAAUCCCUAUAACCUUGCAUAUAAUUAUAAUUUGGAGUAUUCAGUGGUUUUCAACUUGGUACUGUGGAUUAUGAUCGGCUUGGCCUUGGCUGUGAUCAUCACCUCUUACAACAUUUGGAAUAUGGAUCCUGGAUAUGAUAGCAUCAUUUACAGGAUGACAAACCAGAAGAUUCGGAUGGAUUGAGUUUUCCUUAUGCUUCACUUAGACAACAGGUUUUGGGAAUUGGCUGUUCUGUUAAAGUAUAUCUUUUAGUAUGUUUUAAAGUAGAUGGGAUACCUUAAAUUUAUUUUAAAGAAAACAUACAUUUUGUUCUCUA